GACACUCAGGCACUCUGGUUUGCAACACAGACCAUGGAGCUGCAGAGGCGGGACUACCAUGUGGAAAGGCCUUUGCUGAACCAGGAGCAGCUGGAGGAGCUGGGACACUGGGGUCCAGCGCCUAAGACCCACCUGUGGCGUGAUUGGUUUCGAUGCUCCCGUGCUCGGGCCCAUGCCCUUCUGGUCCAGCAUGUUCCAGUUGUGGGCUGGUUACCCCGCUAUCCUGUGCGUGACUGGCUCUUGGGUGACUUGGUAUCUGGCCUGAGUGUGGCCAUCAUGCAGCUUCCCCAGGGUUUGGCCUAUGCUCUUCUGGCUGGAUUGCCUCCUGUAUUUGGCCUCUACAGCUCCUUCUACCCGGUCUUCAUCUACUUUCUGUUUGGUACUUCUCGGCACAUCUCUCUGGGAACCUUUGCUGUAAUGUCUGUGAUGGUGGGCGGUGUGACAGAAUCCCUGACUGCAGAUGAGGCCUUCGUGCAAAGCUUGAACACCACAGUUGAAGAUGCCCGAGUACAGAUCGCCUACACACUCAGUGUCCUGGUUGGCCUCUUCCAGGUGGGGCUGGGUCUGGUGCACUUUGGCUUUGUGGUCACCUACCUGUCAGAGCCUUUGGUCCGCAGCUAUACCACAGCUGCAUCCGUGCAGGUCCUCAUCUCACAGCUCAAGUAUGUGUUUGGCAUCACACUGAACAGUCACUCUGGGCCACUGUCAGUUAUCUAUACAUUUCUGGAGGUCUGCUCAAAGCUGCCUGAGACUGUUGUGGGAACUUUGAUCACGGCGAUUGUGUCAGGAGUGGUGCUUGUGCUGGUGAAGCUGUUGAAUGAGAAGCUGAAGAGAUACCUGCCCCUGCCCAUUCCUGGGGAACUACUCACGCUCAUCGGGGCCACCGGGAUUUCCUAUGGUGUGGACCUGCAGAACAGAUUCAGUGUGGAUGUGGUAGGCAGCAUCCCUGCAGGGCUGAUACCUCCAGUGGCACCCAAUGCCCAGUUGUUUGCAAAGCUUGUGGGAAAUGCCUUUGCCAUUGCUGUGGUGGGCUUUGCCAUUGCUAUCUCACUGGGGAAGAUCUUUGCCCUGAGGCAUGGCUAUCGGGUGGACAGCAACCAGGAGCUGGUGGCCCUCGGCCUCAGUAACCUCGUUGGAGGCUUCUUCCAGUGCUUCCCUGUGAGUUGCUCUAUGUCUCGGAGCCUGGUACAGGAGAGCACUGGGGGCAACACACAGGUUGCUGGAGCUGUAUCUUCUCUUUUCAUCCUCCUAAUCAUUGUCAAACUUGGGGAACUCUUUCAAGAUCUACCCAAGGCUGUCCUGGCAGCUGUCAUUAUUGUGAAUCUUAAGGGCAUGAUGAAGCAGUUCUCUGACAUCUGUUCCCUCUGGAAGUCAAAUCGAAUGGACCUGCUAAUCUGGCUGGUAACCUUUGUGGCCACCAUCCUACUGAACCUGGACAUUGGUCUGGCAGUUUCCAUAGUCUUUGCCCUGCUGCUUGUGGUUUUCCGAACACAGCUGCCGCAUUACUCUGUCCUGGGGCAGGUGCCAGACACGGAUAUUUAUAGAGAUGUGGCAGAAUACUCAGGGGCCAAGGAAGUCCCAGGUGUGAAGGUCUUCCGCUCCUCAGUCACCAUGUACUUUGCCAAUGCUGAGCUCUACUGUGACUCGCUGAAGCAGAGGUGUGGUGUGGAUGUUGACCACCUCAUCUCCCAGAAGAAGAAGCGGAUCAAGAAACAGGAGCUGAAGCUGAAGCGACUCCAGAAAGCCAAGAAGUCCAAGAGAAAGGCUGCCUCUUCCAAGAUCUUCUCAGUUUCCGUCAAUGUCAGCGCCAAUCCUGGGGACAUUGAAAGCAAUGACUUGGAGGGCUCUGAGGUCAAGGUGCACCGAAGGGAUGAGUUAGAGAAUGCAGCAGCCAACAGUCCAGAAGAUGUCAAGGCCCCAAACGUGACCACACUGAAGUCCUUGGGUCUGCCUCAGCCAGGCUUCCAUAGCCUCGUCCUGGACCUGAGCACCCUCUCCUUUGUGGACACUGUGUGCAUUAAGAGCCUGAAGAACAUUUUCCAUGACUUCCAGGAGAUCGAGGUGGAGGUGUACAUUGCGGCCUGCCAAAGCCCUGUGGUCACCCAGCUCGAGGCUGGACACUUCUUUGACGAAUCCAUCACUAAGCAGCACCUCUUUGCCUCUGUCCAUGAUGCUGUGACCUUUGCCCUCCAACACUCAAAAUUUGGCCCCAACAGCCCUGUCUCGGCCACCAAACUCUGAUUAUGCUGCUGACACUGCCUACCUCUGGGGGUUGUGACAGGUCACCCUCCUGAAAUGCCCUGGCUCUGGGACAUCGCCAGGUGCCACCCAGGACUCCCCUCAUGUACAUGCACAAACAUACAACUCAGGGAUGGAGGUCUUUGGGACUCCAAGUUCAGUGUUGCAGGCCUGGGGUAGGACAUUGCAGUCAGGCUGGCCUUGGCUGGGUGCAGGGAGGGAAUGGAUGUA